AUGGCUUCCGCUUCCGCUUCUUGCAUAUACAAUCGAAGGGUAGAACGACCAGUAAUUGCCGUUGGCGACUUUCCACCGACUCCCGAACAAGACGAUCAACAACGAUCCCAAUUCAUUUCCGCAAUUUCUCUGGAAAGAGUCUCGGCCCUGGCCUUGCGAUAUAGCACACAGGAUCACUGCCGCGUUAUCAAAUGUGACAGUGGGAGCUUCAAUGUCAACUUCAUUGUUGAAUUCAAAGAUGAAACAAAAUGCGUUGUCCGAAUUCCCAUACUACCGUUCGUUUAUGAUCCCUGGAGCAGAGUUCUCAGUCAUGUUGCCGUCUCGAAAUACUUGAGAGAGACAACGCAAAUCCCCGUGGCUCGUGUCCGCGCAUUCGGCCGCAACGAGCGGCUUUCCAACGAUGGCAAUAACGAAUAUUUUUUUCUAAUAUUAGAUUUUAUCCCCGGCCAGAGCCUUACAGAUCGGCUCCUACUCGAGUCAACCGUUGAGAGGCGAGCCAAAUUUUUUUCUCAACUGAUCAAGAUUUUGGUCCAGUUGCGACAGACGAGUUUUCCAGCACUGGGGUCGCUGAUGCCCGGAACAGACACGGGGCUUCCGGUAGUUGGUGAUUUACAAUCGAUACCCUUGAAUGAGCUCCGUCGUAGCGUCCCUCCAACAACAUCAGUGCGAGAGUACAUGGAAAGCCAACUCCAGAUAGUCUCUGACACGCUAGCAGUCCCAGUUGCGGACCAGGCCAUUGACGAUAUGAAACUUGAGGCCUUUGCAGUCCAUUUUAUGGAGAAAGAUCUAAUCGACGCUGGUCCUGAUGAUGAAGAGAACGGGUACCCUCUGUAUCACUCAGAUUUGCGGCUUGCCAACAUCAUCGUCAAUGACGAACUGCAAAUCAAUGGUAUAAUCGACUGGGAUGACGCGAGCACAGUUCCCAAGCAAUUAUUUUCGCCCCCACCGUGGAUUUCAGGUGUAGACGAUGAGAGCAUCAUGGAAUUCCAAUUACUGCAUGCCGAGUUCCGCGGCAUUCUUGUGGCGAAAUCGAAAACCAACUCCAUCUGUGGUGAAAUGUUGAAACAAUGGUAUGGAGCGACAAACGGAGAGCCGAAUAAGGUUUUGUAUGUUGCUCACAUCAUUCGAUACCCUACCGAGCUUGCCGAGGUCGUUGCUCGUCUUCACAAACGACUGGGUUUGAUAGGAAAAUUACGCACCGACAUCCAUGCAUAUUACAAAUCAAGUAUUGCGGUUCAAGAAGAAGUGCAAAAACGUGUAGCUCUAUGUGACGAAUACACAAGCUACCUCAAGAAUCGCGGGCUAUACAAAGAAGAUCAACCGUUGGAUCUGAAAGCGUUGAAAGCAAAUCUUGAAAGGGUUGAGGAGAUGCUUCGGUCCCCAGGUUUGUAG